AUGGGUCUUUUGCGGUCGACCGUGUCCUCAAGAGCGGAUCGCUCCGCAGACUCUUGGAAGUCGAUCUACCUUGUCAUGCGCCCCAACCGACUGUCGAUAUACAAGGACGAGAAGGAGGACAAACUGCGACAUCAGAUCUACUUGAACGACCUGACUGCUGUCGCGUUCCUCAAAGAUCCCAAACACAAGCGCGAACACGUAUUUGGUCUUUUUUCGCCCUCCAAGAACUUCCACUUCGAGGCUCCCACGCAGAAAGAGGCUGAAGAAUGGGUACAACUGAUCCGCAAGGAGGCGCGCAUCGAGGAAGAAGAGGAAGAAAUGUCCUUAGCCAGCCCUGCAGCUCGUCGAGAUACACCUGGCAGCUCGGCAGUGUUAGGGCAGCUGGGCGAGCAUGAUGAGUUCUUGUUAUCAAGCACGCCCGAGCCGAUCAGCCCGUCCAUACCGAUUCCUGUGCCUCGCCGGAGGAAGUCAUCACACAUGGAGUCAUCCGGGCUGUCGGGGCUGUCUGGCAACGAACUCGCGUCUCAUUCCGACUUUUCCGACAACGAAGCUACUGUGCGUCUACCGGCCGCAUCUUUCGAGAGCUUAUCCGCCAGCGCAUCGCGGGCGCCGCCAUUGAGCGACACCAUUGGGGCCGGUUCAUAUCCUCGCGCCAGCCCUCUGCACCGGUCUUCAAGUCAUCAAAGCACGGCGGCCGCUGAAAUGGAUCCCGAUCGCGUCAUUUGGCAAGGCUGGCUCUACCAUCUACGAACCAAGGGAGGCGUCCGGCAGUGGAAGCAUCUGUGGGGAGUGCUGCGCCCUCGUAACCUUAUCCUGUACAAGAACCAGCAAGAAUACACGGCACAGCGGAUCCUCCGUCUAUCUGCAAUAGUCGAUGUUGUGGACAUAGAUCCGAUGAGCAGGAGCAAGACAAAUUGCCUACAAAUCAUCACCGAAGAGAAAAGCUACAAAUUUGCGACACACGACGAAGAGGCGCUCGUUCAAUGCGUCGGUGCUUUCAAGAGCCUUUUGGCCAAAAGGCGAGAGAUCGAGGCUCGGAUUGCCGCCGAAGGACAGCAGCAGCUUGCGCACUAA